CUUUCAUUGGUGCCCAGCGCGUGGCAUGAGAGAGUGGAAAACCAGGAGAAUGCCACUAACCUGGUCACCAGUGACACAGAGCUGAAGCAGGUAGCAUAUGUUUUCAAGUGCACAAAUGGUACACUCCAAAUCAAAGGCAAGAUCAACUCCAUCACCCUCGAUAAGUGCAAGAAGCUGGGUUUGGUGUUUGAUGACGUGGUGGGCAUUGUAGAGAUCAUCAACAGGGAUGUUAAAGUUCAGGUCAUGGGUAAAGUGCCAACGAUUUCCAUCAACAAGACAGAUGCAUGCCACGUUUACCUGAGCAAGAGCUCCCUUGACAGCGAGAUCGUCAGUGCCAAGUCCUUGCAGAUGAACAUCCUCAUCCCCACCGAGGCGGGCGACUUUACUGAAUUUCCUGUCCCAGAACAGUUCAAGACAGUGUGGAAUGGUCAGAAGUUGGUUACCACUGUGACAGAAAUUGCUGCCUAAGCCAAAAAGCUCCAAGGCUCAUACCCUCCCCUGGCCCUGCUGUGGGACAAAUCUGCUUUCAGAUGAUUCUCUUAGAUUUCUUGUACCUUUCUGCUCUCAAACUGCUUCUCUUCUACCCAAGAGACACAGCUGCCUGCCAUCACUGAGAUUCCUCUGCCUAGGGCUUGGGGUAGGUGGCGGGUCAGUGAUUGUCCACCUCUCUCAGCAAGGAGGUGUAUUUUUCUCUCCCUUUGUCCCAUCUAACCACACCAAUCGAUCAGAGUCUCAGUGAACUUCACAGCCAGUCCUGGCAGUUGGCUUUCAGAGUGUUGUUUUUGUAUUGCCUUUAAGCAUAACUUCAUGUGAGAGGAAUGUUGUCCCCUUUUUAACGAGUACCAGUGUCUGUCGGAGCCCACAGUACCCAGCUGCUGGGGCAGGUGUCUUGGGAAGGUCCUGGCAGCUGCUCAUUCCAGCUCUCUGGAGCAGUUGGUGGCAUCACAGCACAUGGGAACGGUUUUGUCGGACCAAAGUCUGAGGACCUGGGCCAAUUCCACCCUGAUUUCUCUUCCAUCAUUCCCAGUAGCUCAGUGCAUUCCUGAUUGUGCCAUGACAGGAGGCUUUCAUUGCCCAGUGCCACAGGAAGGCUGCAGCAGUGUCACCGCGGCCACCCAGCAGCCUGGCUGGUAGCUUGGAGCUGAGCACCUCUCAUUCCAUCGGCUCUCCGCCUCCACAAGGGAACCUUUUCCCCAGGGCUUCCUUCUUGGAGCAGCUGAACUCAGGUUCAGUCUUCCAGGAUGGUUCUUCUGAACCUGUCCCCUUCCCCAGAGGAAGGGCCUCCUCCAUUCCAGGGCAGCAGUGCAGAGUUGUAAAUACCUGACUUGGAUCAAGUGGGUUCAUUACUCUCUUCCUCAUCUGCAAUCAGCCCCCACUGAAUCCUCCCCUUUUUUCCCCCCCUGUUGCUUGGCUCUUUAUUUUGGUGGAAGCUCAUAGUCUCUGUUCCAGGCCCCUGGAGCAGAGUGAUGGAUCACACAGUACUGUACUGACCCAUAAAGGGAGCUGCACGUGCUUUGACCUUCAUUUUUCCAAGGCCUUGGGUGGUAGAAGCGUAUCUUAAAUGCAUUUCUUCUGUGAAGUGUCAAAGAUAGAUUUGGAUUGGGAACAUAAGGGAGAGUUGUUCCUAGCCCAAUGGGCUCAUGAUGCCUCGGGUCAUCAGGGUAGAGAUGCCACCUAUAAGUGGGCACGAGACCGAGGGGUGGAUCUACCCAUGAACAGCAUUUCUCAGGUUAUUCAUGACUGUGAGACGUGUUGCACCCGUGGACUACCGGGAGCCCAGCCUGGGCAGCGGCAUUUUCCAGCGCCAGAGGGAUUGAUAACAGAGCGAACAUCCACAGGAAAGAGACCCUCUGAAUUUUGUCAUCUCUUCAGAGUGGCGAGAGGUUUUGUAAUUUGAUAUUGUUCAUUGUUGUGCUGGGUAGUGCUUUGCCUGUUACAUAAACAGGCUUUUUCCACUUCUCUCAGAGAAAUCUCUUCCCGAACCGGUUGGGGGGUGGGAGAAAGGGGCCAUGUGGGUUUGCUUCCCAGGGCAGGGGCCCCAUUGGAGGUUUUCUCCCAAAUUUGCCCUAAACCAGGACAAGUAGUUACCUGUGGCAUCCAGGAAACAGCAAAUGGAACAGGAAAAUCCACAAGGCAAUCUGGUGGUUCUGUAG